GGACACGCCACGCACUGCUUCUCCAGGUGGGUUCAGACCGUCCGCGGGCUCCGCUGAGCAGCACCUCGGACGCCCCACCGCGGCCGCAGGGCCCUGCUGCCAGUUCGGUAGCCAGCACCCUGCCCCUGUCCUCCUUUCUCUCUCUCGGUCCUCCCCCCAGCGCACGCUGCCAUGGGAAAGAGCCGGACGAGGCGCUUCAGGCGACCUCAGUUCUCCCCUACCGGCGAUCGUCCGGCCGAGUUGGCAGCGGCGGAGAACGGGGCCGAGCGAGCGGAGGUCGACGGGCCGGCGGCGGAGCUGCUAGAAAAGGUGCGCCGCCUCGGGCCCCUGCUGCUGGACCCCAGCCUGGCGGUGAGGGAGACGGCGGCCGGAGCGCUCAGAAAUCUCAGUGCUUGUGGAGGUUUUGAAGUUUGUGAUGACAUGGUGACUAAGGAUAUCAUGACUCCUCUGGUCGCACUGCUAAAAGAGUGUAGUGCUGGACUGGAUUCAGAGGAGAUGUCUCCACCGGAGAAAAAAGACCAGAGCAGAAGUUCUAUUGAGAACAUAGCCAACGAAGCGGUGAACGUGCUCUGGAACGUGUGUGAAUGCAGUAGUAGAGCACUAUCUAUAUUCAACAAAGAAGGCUGUUUGGAGAUUAUAUUAAAGUAUUUAAGUAGAUUUUCCACCAAUGUCGACCUGGCUGUUUCAGUAGCGUAUUGUUUGCAGACAGUGACUGAAGAUAACGUUGAGCUGCUGAAAUCUUUCAGCGGCCCCGCGCUACAAGUGCUGGAGUCAGCACUGCUUUCUCCUGUCGGUUCCUUGGAAUAUAUUCUGUUAAAGACAUUGGUGGCAGGCACAAUUUGGAAUCUGAAGGACAUUAUUCCAUCCAAGAGUCAGGCAGAAAUCAUAAAUGCCAUACUGAAGACCUUAUCUGAAGUUUUGGAAGUGGAUGCUGGUGAAGUGGUUAUUCGCAUGAAGGAGGCCGAAAUGCACAGGUUAAAAGCGGCUGCGGAGGCGGAGGACCCGCCGGAGAAUGCUAAUGGCGACGGCUUGAUCGAAGAUGACGAAAUGGAAGAAAUUCCUCGUAAGAAAAAAGUCCGAAGGAAAACUUUCAUCUCAGAUCUACUUCCACCCACUAACAAGGAACUGAGAGAGGCCACAGCGUUGCUGACGGCUCAGCAGACUGCUCUGGAGCUCAUCGUCAACAUGUGCUGCAGCGAAGAUCCCUCCGAUGAUGAAUGGGAAGAGCUUUCCAGCAGUGACGAAAGUGAUGCCCAUACGGAGAAUUCCCUCAGCGAGGGCGGUGGGCAGCUGCUGUCUCCCCUCUGCCUCUCCCAUGAAAUCCACACUGCCCUCACCAGCUGCCUCAUCCCCAAGAAGAUUUUUGAGAGAACUGCCUUUCCCAACAGCAUUGCAGUUGACGUCUGUUCUAGGAACCCCACUUGGAAACCUUUGAUCAGAAAAAUGAGCACUGUUCAGUGCAGAGCCCUCGUGUGUCUCCAGAGUCUCGUGUCCCUCCUGGAUGUGGAGCAUCUGGGCGGAGCGCCAGCCCUCCAGGCUCUUGUACAGCAUCUGUCACAACUGCUCUUUUCUCAGCCAGAUUUUGCAAAGCAUGUUGAUUUUCUAGAAGCCAUAAGCAGUGCCUUGAGGGCCCUUUUGCAAACAAUGGCCUCCGAAAACAUUUCUCAGUGUGUGACUCCCGAUCAGCUGAUGACACUGUGUGAAGCAGGCAUCCUGAGCAGCAGCGUCGGGGUCAGAGUGAAUGUGGUCAGUAUCUUGGGGAUCACUGGCAGCGUCCUAGCCAGAGAAGAUGGCACGCUUGAAACUCUUAAGACCAUUGGGUGCUUUCUGCUUGAGGUCGCCACGAGAGACCCGUCCCUCGUCGUGGCGGGAGAAGCUCUGGACGCCCUCUUCGAUGUGUUCGCGGAUGGCAGGGAAGCCGAAAGGGCCUCCGUGCAGAUCAAGCUGUUGCCUGCUCUGAAAGAGUUCCAGCCCGUCUUCAAGGCGAAGAUACGAAAAGAAGGAAAGGGUAAAUACAGUCCAGAUCAGCUGUGUGUUCUUGACAAUGUGAAGACGAAUUUAAGAAGGUUUGUUGCUUAUCAAGAAACUGUUGAAAAAAGACUGACUACUUGAACCAUUGAAAGAGAGAGUGAUUCUCGCCCCAGAGUGUUCAACAUGAAGCAGUCUUUGUAUGUUUCCAAAAGUCAUUUUCUAAUGUCUGUGUUCUGUAUAUUAAUUUGAAGUUCCUAAGAACUUCAGAACCUAUUCCAAAAUUUUUUAAGCUCUGGGAUCCGCGUGGCAUUCCCAGUGCUCUGAAUCAGGUUCCCAUCACUGGAAGCACGAAGAGCAGACACAAAGCAGUCUCAGGCGGGUCUUCGUGAGCAGUGAAGAGGCUUCCAAACAAUUGCGGUUUGCUCGAAUUUCACAAAAAAAAGGAAAAAUCCAAAGCGUGGCUUAGAUGCCCUUAUAAGCCAAUAUCAUUUUAUAUUAGCUCAAUUUUUAGAAGAAAUAUGAAGACAAGCUUUAUAAAGUUUUUUGGUAUGAAGUACACCAAUUGUGUUUACCUUUGUGAAGAAGCGAACGCGUUGAAUUUGUAUUCCGCUCUUUAGUAGAAUGUACUGAGUGAGCUAGUGCGAUCACCAUCAUCUGUGCAAACAGAUCUCACUAAUUAUUGCUCUGUAACAGCCUCACUCCUUGUUUAAUUUGAUACGGAAUAAGAAUUAGAAAAUAUUUUUAAAUAAAUAACUUGUAAAUUGAAA